CUUUCUUUUCCCCCCAAAUACCUGAAGAUAAUGCAUCUGAAAAGAAACAUUCUCCUCGCCAUAAUCGCUUGCGGCUGGCUGUAUCUGAUGUUUUGCCGCACCAACGGCUUCGACUCCAAAACGGCGUUGCUUCAAUAUGUGCAAUCCAUAGCUAUCCGCUUACGUUCAACACCAUACAGCCCAAUACUACUUUGUGGUGCAGUUUUACUUACUUCAAUACCGCCUUUUCUCGGUUUUACUUUGUCCGUUACCAUGUGCGGUUAUAUCUAUGGAUUCUCCAAAGGCUUAUUGCCGGCCAUUUCUGGCGCUUUUGUUGGUGCCUUGAUGUGUUUCAAAUUAUGCCACGGCGUGGAUUGGUCACGGUGGAUGUCGGCAAAAAAUAAAGAACGAUACCAAAGUAUGCAACAGGCCAUUCAAUACGGUGGAGUUCAUAUGAUUGUUUGUAUUCGGAUCUCGCCGAUCCCUUGGCAGCUAUCCAACCUGUUCUUGUCGACUAUGCCUGGUAUCAGCUUCUAUCAGUAUACGAUAACUGCGGCUGUCAGUUGUUUCAAGGUCUGCUUGGAGGUCUGGAUAGGGUCACAAUUGGCCGAUCUUUCACAACCGAUGCCCCCCUCGGCAAGACGUGUCACGCUGCUCACCAUGCUCCUUGGAGCGACACUUCUUCUCGGUACCACCACUGGGGUCUACCGCUCAAAGAUGAAAAAAGCCAAAGAAUUCGCCCAGCGUUCAUCAAGCAGUUCCCAAUUCAUAUCAUGAAUCUCUUAUUAUUUUCGAAAUAAAAACUCAGCUUCAUGGGGUUUCACCAACUCGCG